UUAUUAUUUCUAAUUGAUCGUAUAACGUUGACCUAAAGACGCUAUUAGCACGGAACACGUCUGUUCCAUGAUCGUGCCGCUUAAUUGCGAUAGGCACGGUCGGAGGACAUUCGUGACCCUCCACAUCCAACGAUCAUAAUCCAAAUAUUGCCCCUAUCGCGCGUAAUUGCGGCUCACCACGAGAAAUUCGAGCUCUGUGUAUCCUAUCGUGUCUCGAUUGUGUGCAAUCUAUGCAGAAGGACGAUUCACGGACGGUAUAUGUCCCAUGGAUAGUUGCUCACCGGGAGCGACGAUUAGUAUAAAGUAGAUAAUGACCGUCCACGGUGGUUGUCACGUAUCAUCGUCAUCCAGACAGUCGUAUACAAUGUUAUCAUUCGUGUUUGUACGAUGACGACGGACUUUUCGGUCGUCGCGAUCGGCAACAUCGUGUUUCCAUUCGGCGUGUUGUUGCUCUCCGAGAUAAAAAGAUUAUUCUGCCGUGUAUUUGACUCGUGAAAUGUUCUGAUAAGCACGGACAGCCACAGUGCGAUCACUCGAGUCUAUCAGUGUAUUGUUUGCCUUUUACCUGGUUAGUAGUGAUAAGACGAAAAGGGGAAAAAAGUGGAAAAAUGGAAGAAAAAAGGAGAAAGGAGAAGAAGGAGGAUUGAAAUCGGAUUCAGAAUUGUAUAAAUAAAGUGUAUAAAUAAAAAACAGAAGAUUAAAAAAAGGAAUUUUUGAAGAGGCAUGUAAAAGAAACAGGAAGUGAGAUAUACUGAAUUCACAGAAAUGGUCAACAGAUCGAAUUGUUAAAAUUCUUUUGGUGGACAAGUUUGGUGAACAAUGGUGAACAAAUUCUCGACUUGAAUAAUUUCCGCCCUUUUUGAUGAAUAUCUCUUGGAAUUCUCUUAAUUGAGAAAAUAUUAACAUUAGAUUGUGAAUUUUUCGCAAUAUUAAUUUCCUCGACGUGAAAAACAAGUAUGUAUAUACCACUAGAUGCGACAUAGCUUUGAUAUAUCGCAUUGUUUUUCAUAUUUAUCUCUUAAGCGAUAAAUGAAAAAAAGGGAGAAAAAUCCGAGCCGGGAGAAACGAGGAUAUUCGCGGAAAAAGUUUUAUCUCCCUCGUCUCGAGGAGGGUGGAGAACGUUAGCAAAGCAAUUGCGACAACUCGCGAACGCUGCUGGCAAACGUCUCGGAUCGACGCAGCAGUAAUUUUCGUGAGAUUAACAAUCGUGAUAAAUGAUGGAUGAGAGUGAUAAGAUUUCGAAAAGAGCCGAGUUCGAGGAUGAAUUUAGAAUUUUAGGAUCCUCGGAACAGCGACGAAAGUUUUAAGCAGAAAUUUGGAAAGUGGCAAGAACUUCAAGGAAAAGUUUCUGAAGCUAUUUGGAUUGGAACAGUGAAUUUUGAGCAUUCUCUCAGUUCAGAUAAUUAUCUGCCUUUAAUCUUUGAUUGCAUAAUGUCUGUAAAUAUCCCUAUAAGAUUGUGAUGAUAAUUGUGGAGUACGCGAUAGUGGAGUUACAGCGAUAAAGGCACUUUAAUUUCAGUCCCAGACGUUGACACGAACGUGUGUCGCUUUAUAAAAGCGCGAUCUACGAAUAAUAUCGAAACAUGCGGCGUUCUACGCGUGCAACGGAAUCAGAGUACUUUGAAACUUCGUGGACAGUCAAGCUGGACCAGAUACGUAGACGGCUGAGAACACUCUUCCAAAGUACGUUGGCGCGUUAUUACAAGUCCAAGAGGAAAGGGUACAUCAGAUUUCUGACAGAGGAGGAACAGAGGUGGCUGGUCGCCGCAGAGUAUGACAUAUCCACCCGGCUUGGAAUACCUUAUGGGCCUUGAUUAUCUUUUCGUGAACCAGAAAAUUGAGUUGCUUCAAGCUUUUACUGGAUGGGAAACUAAAAACAAGUAUGUUAUUACGGAUAAUAAGGGCGAGCCGGUGUUUUACAUGGCCGAGGAGUCGGGAAUCUGUUGGCGAUUGUGCUUGGGAAAGUAUCGUUCAUGCGAAUUCAACAUUUACGACAAAAAUCAUCGAGAGAUUCUUCGCAUGGUUCGACCCUUCAGAUGCGACGGCUGCUGUUGUCCUUGCUAUCUGCAGGUUUUAGAAGUGUAUUCCGGAACUACUCUAUUGGGCAGCAUUACUCAAGAGUGGAGUCUUUGGCGACCAAAGUUUUAUGUUCGCGACGCAUCUGGCCAGGCAGUGUUGAUGAUAAAAGGGCCACUCAUUCGUUUCUGUGUUGACGUAAUUUUCAAGGUCAAAUCUCUGGAUGAGAAGCAUCGCAUCGGCAUGAUUCGAAAGCGUUGGAGUGGCUUUGCUCGAGAGAUGUUCACCGUUUCGGAUACAUUCGGAAUUAACUUUCCGCGCGAUCUCGACGUCAAGAUAAAGGCCGUACUGCUAGGAGCGGCUGUUCUAAUAGACUUCAUGUAUUUCGAACAGGAAACCUAAGUCAGUGUGUUCCAAUUUUUAAAAGAAGACAAAAGCGAUUCGUUCAUAUCAGCUUUUUAUAUCUCCAAAGAUAUUUCGUUAUGUAUUAACUAUGGAAUAGAACACCGGAAUCACACAACCACCGGACAACUUCGCCGAUCUUCUCGAGGGAUUCUCUCUAUCGCACACGAGUCACACCAUGAUCUCCACCGAACGAGAGUUCCUUUUUCCGCGCGCGGUCUUUAGUCUCUCACGUCGCAAUGAUCGAUCAAUUUCCCCGAUGAUCGACGCUCGCCGAUUAGAUGGAUCGUCCUCGCUUAACCCCUUCGCGAAAUCACUUUUUAACUAUGGAAUGCAAUGUAAAUGAAAGCGACCGCCGUAUACACAUACUCAGGAAUCUUAUUAAUCAUAAACUGUGAAAUUAUAACUAACAAUUAUAUAUAAGACGAUUUUUUAAUCGUUUUACGAAUAAGCUUUAUUAUUUUUAUAAUUAACUAAACUAUAAUUAACUAAACUAUUCAAGUAUACUUACAAUUGUGCUUACAUACACGGAGAUCGAUCUCUCGUGUCCAUUGCAGAGUUCAAUCUCAAAGAGCUCUCUAUUUUAUUAUUAACACAAUGCAAUUGUCUGUCCAUCUAAAGUAUUACUCAUUGCUUUGCAAUCUAUUUAUCUUACUAAAUCGUCUCCCAAAUAUCAUAUAAUGUAACAAUAAAUAAUAUAAAUGAUUCCCUUCAUAUACACACACGUACAUACAAUGAGAGACAAUUGUUAAUUGUUAUUCGAUCAGCAUCAAGACUGGACUCUUCGUUUGCUGAUAUAAAUUGUGUAAAUAAUUUCGAAAUUGCGUUAAUUACAAAGUAUUAUCUUUGUACCACUAUUCUGUAUGUGAUAUAAAAAUUUAUGUAUAUUAAUGGUAUAAGAAACAAAUAUUUAAAUUGUGUACGACAAUAUAUAAUUUUUUAAUCAUUGUAAUCUCAAGCUUCAUACAAUAUUUUGUUACUCUCUAAAUCUGAAUCAGUGACUAUAUUCACUGAUUCACAGUACUAUUCUGAUUCAGAUUUAGAGAAUACCCACGCAAUAAGAAUAUUGCGUAUUUAUAUACAGUAAAAAAUGUUUAUUUAAAGGGGCGAAUACCUUU